UCAGUAGGUUUGUGUCCGGGUAGGUCCAAGUGGUGAGGAGUGGGACCUUUGUCGUGCACCUGACACCACCAUGGUAGAUACCCGGCGCAGCACCUCCACUAUGCCGUACACAAAGGAGGAGGAGGCGAAGAUGGCCGCCAUCCUGCAGGAGAGGAAGGAGAAGAAGGCGGCCAAGAAGAAGGCCUUGCAGGAGGAGCAGGCGGCAAAGUUGAGAAAGAUAGAGGAGGAGAUGACCAGGGAGAAGGAAAGAUUGAAAAAGGAAGAGGAGCAGAAGCUGAAGGAGGUGGAAGAAGAAGAGGAGGAAGAUGAUCAGCCACUGGAGUGGAGAAGAGAACAGCGAGGGCAGUACAGCGGCAGCAAAAAUGAUGAAAUGGAGAAACGGAUCUUAGAGUGGGUCGCCAACUUGUCCCUGGGAGAAGAAGAAGAGGUAGCCAUGAUGGAGUGGAAGUUGAGAGUGAUGAGGGAAAAGAAGAGGAAAGUGGACGUGACGAUUGACGCGGUCAAGGACCUAGGGGAGAUGCAGCAACUAACCCUGAAGUUGACCCCGCAGGUAGACCUUAAGAAAAAGGUAGAACUCAUUGCCCAGACCGUCAAGCGCUUAGCCCGGAUACAAGAACAACAGUACGAUUUUAGUCGAAGUCAAGACAUGGUUGUGCGCUCCAUACGAAUGGGGUUUCGGGACUUUGCUCGCGAAUUAGUAGGCGCGAUAGGAUCCGAGGUGAAUCAUCGCCUCGAGAAGACUGAACGAUUUUGCGYUGGCGCCAUUGAGGGCRUCAAGGCGGCAGCUCCCAASGARGAGGAACCACGCYCGCCKCRUAGRGAGYCAGUCAAGGUCAAAUUCCCUGAUUCCUACAGUGGGAAGAGGGAAGAGAACUUUGAUAACUGGGAGGCCAACAUUAAGACCUACGUGCAUCUGCAACAGGUCUCCCCGGAUCAGCAAGUCCUAAUUGCGAUCCACGCACUUAGAGAUGAGGCCACCAGCUUCGCAAGAUCCCUUGUUCGCGCUGCCAACUGCAGUGACGAUCCAGUUGCCUAUUCGGCAUUCACUUCCCUCACUGAGUUCAUGAGAUUGCUGCGCGAGCGAUUUGCAGAUGUCGCUCGAAGUGUCAAGGCCUCAGAUAGGCUCCAGACAAUCCACGCUUAGGGAGUCCAGGCGUAUUUCCGCCUAGAGAAAGAUGGGAAGGUGGAGAAGGUCCUCCACUCCCUGACUCUCCUCGUAGAGGACAGCCUCCCGUUUGAUAUUGUGCUGGGAAUGGAUUGGGGAGAGGCAGUUGGGGCCACGCUCCAUCUGAAGGAGCAUGAGUGUAGGCUCCCUCGUGCUGCAGGCGAGGCUAAGACUGCCCGCCUGUUCCAUGUGUCAGGAGUAGAGAAUUCAUUGGCACAUUGCUGCCUCAGUGCUCCUGCGUUCGCCAGAUUAGUGAAGAAGGAACACUUAGAGGAACAAGUCUUUGUUGCCUAUGUUAGGCCAGUCACUGAGCCUAAGGAAAAGAAGCCCGUAGACCUUGCUAUUACCAAAUUGCUAGAAGGGUUCAAGGAUUUGAUUGAGCCGCCGACAGGCACGGUGCCGCGGCCCAUCCAGCACCGUAUUGAGAUAGAGUCUAGCAGUAGAACUUCUAAGGGUGUUGUUUAUAGCAUGUCCUCGCGGGAGUUAGAGGAGCUGCGGAAGCAGUUGGACGAGCUCCUUGAAAAGGGUUGGAUUAGGCCUUGUUCGUCUCCUUUUGGAGCCCCUAUUCUCUUUAUCCCUAAGAAAGAGGGGGAGCUGAGGAUGUGUAUAGACUAUAGGGGUCUGAAUGCCAUUACAGUGAAGAAUGUUGAGCCACUGCCUAGGAUAGACGAUCUCUUAGAUCGAGUGCAGGGGGCGAAGUAUUUCUCYAAGAUARAUUUGAAGUCCGGAUAUCAUCAGAUAGAGGUGCAUCCUGAUGAUCAGUACAAGACAGCCUUCCGGACUAGAUAUGGGCACUACGAGUUCAUAGUGAUGCCCUUUGGACUAACCAAUGCGCCAGCUACGACCCUCGAAGAGCAUCAGGGUCAUCUCAGGCAGGUCUUGGAGAAGCUGAGGGAAGCUAACUUCAAGAUCAAUGCAAAGAAGUGCGAUUGGGCAAAGACCCAAGUUCUGUACCUAGGCCACGUCUUAGACGGAGACGGCGUUAAGCCAGAGGAUAGCAAGAUCGCAACGAUUAGAGAUUGGCCCACACCACGUACGCUGACAGAGUUGCGCUCGUUCCUGGGCCUAGCUAAUUACUAUAGGAAGUUCGUAAGGAACUUCUCCACCAUCGCUGCGCCUUUUCGCAGAUUGCUGAGGAAGGAGACCAUCUGGAAGUGGGAUAAGGACUGCACGUCUGCCAUGAAGAAGUUAAAGCAAGCAUUGAUAGAGUAUCCAGUCCUUAAAGUCGCCGACCCGUCUUUGCCCUUUGUCGUCACGACUGAUGCGAGUCAAUACGGCAUAGGCGCAGUGUUGCAGCAAGACGAUGGCAAUGGGUAUAGACCCGUAGAGUUCAUGUCCGCCAGGAUGCCUUCAGAGAAGGUCGCGACAUCGACCUAUGAGAGGGAACUCUACGCUCUCAGGCAAGCCUUAGACCACUGGAAGCACUACUUGCUUGGGAGGCACUUCAAAGUCUAUUCUGACCAUGAAACGUUACGAUGGUUAAAGACGCACGCCAAGAUGACACCUAAGCUUACUAGGUGGGCCGCCGAGAUAGAUCAGUACGACUUUGAGCUCAAGCCUUUCAAAGGGAAGUACAACGUAGUCGCGGAUGCUCUGAGUAGGAGGGCAGAUUACUUUGGGGCAAUAGUACACUACCUUGAUAUAGGGAAGGACGUGCAACAGAAGGUUAGAGAGGCCUAUGCGCAGGACCCUGUCUACAGUGAGCUCCUUAAGAAGGUCAAGGAGGCCCCAGAGACUGAGCCGAACAACCGCAUUACUGAAGGGCUGCUCUUUGAGAAGACUAAUGUAUGUGACCGCCUGUGCAUUCCCAAUAGGGAAGAGAUUCGUAGUCUGAUUUUGGGCGAAUGUCAUGACACAGAGGGUCAUUUUGGUUGGCCAAAGACCUUAGCCAAUCUGAUGCGCGCGUAUACCUGGCCAGGGAUGAAGAAUGACUGCGUAGAGUAUGUUCGCAGUUGUAAGAAGUUGUACAGCAUUGUGUUAUCCUUUGAGACAGUUAAGAAAGAAAGAGAAGCAGUCAAUGCUUAGUGCACAUAAAUCAAAGCAAUACCUACCU